AGGAUCUACUGAGACUCACUGCUGAGGGGAGCAGCAGGUAUCCCCCGCUUUUCAAAAAUUCAUCCUACCACACACGCUUUGGCCAGAAAACCUACAUCAGUACCUGUCUUCCGGAACACAAAGAAAUCCAAAGCGGAUUUUCGCUUUUACGACAGAAGCCGAAAAGCGAAACUGGCUCGCACGUUUUGCAGCUUUGAGGAGGCAGCGAGACAAGCGAGCCCCGCCCAGCUCCUUCCCGGACAGGACAGGCUGCGUUAACAUUCGUUUGGAGAAUAUAUGAUCUCUGGAUACAAACAAAUAUCCUGAUGAAGUCGUCCGAUAUUGAUCAGGAUUUAUUUACAGACAGUUACUGCAAGGUGUGCAGUGCGCAGCUGAUUUCCGAAUCUCAGCGCGUGGCUCAUUACGAGAGUCGAAAACAUGCAAGCAAAGUCCGACUGUAUUACAUGCUUCACCCCCGGGACGGUGGGUGUCCUGCCAAGAGGCUCCGGUCAGAAAAUGGCAAUGAUGCUGAUAUGGUGGAUAAGAACAAGUGUUGCACACUAUGUAACAUGUCUUUUACCUCUGCCGUGGUGGCUGAUUCACAUUAUCAAGGCAAAAUCCAUGCCAAAAGGUUAAAACUGUUGCUAGGAGAGAAAACCCCAUUAAAGACUGCAGCAGCACCCCUGAACUCUCUGAAGCCUGCAAGGGUGGACAGUGCUCCUGUGGUCUCCUCUCCCUAUCAAAGACGAGAUUCAGACAGAUACUGUGGGCUCUGUGCAGCCUGGUUUAAUAAUCCCCUGAUGGCCCAGCAGCAUUAUGAUGGCAAGAAACACAAAAAGAAUGCAGCAAGGGUCGCUUUAUUAGAGCAACUUGGGACGACCCUGGAUAUGGGGGAAUUGAGAGGUCUGAGGCGCAAUUACAGAUGUACAAUCUGCAGUGUCUCCCUAAACUCAAUAGAACAGUAUCACGCCCAUCUGAAAGGAUCCAAACACCAGACCAACCUGAAGAAUAAGUAGUGAAAACAUCAAUCAAGAGAUGUGAAAAAAUGUCAGGAUUUCUCUGCCGCGGAGAAUUGCUUAUCAACCACCAGAGGAGGAUUCUUUCUUGAACAAUGAACAUUUCUUAUGAGGAUUCACGAUUAACAUGUGACUAAUCUUAGCUUUGGAAAAUGAAUGAGCUUUCUUUCUUUCUUUUUGAUUUUAUGGUAAGUUAUGAUAUUUGGAUGGAUUUUUAAAAUUCUUUCCUGAUCAUAUAUUUAGCACAAGUUCUAAAUUAUAAUCCUGUAGCAAACAGUGGGAGCAUCAUUCAAAUUUAAAGACAAUGGAAAAACCUUAAUUUCCCAUUCAUUCUAGAUUUCUUCUACAUAGUUUAUUCUAUGAAAUCCUUGGUGAUUGUGAUAUAAACCACCUUUCUCCAGGUUAUUUUUCAUCAUAUAGAACAUGAUUGGUGGCAACAUCCAUAGAACAAAGCAGAUCUCUAUUAGUAGAAGAUAUAUAAUGGACACAAAUGCCAAAACUUCUCAUUUCGCCAUUUAAAUGUGAACCAGGUUUGCUAUCUGAACCAUCAGAAAGAAGAAAGUAAAAUAAAGGGAGAAUCCUCAUUCGUUUUUUCUAAUCAUUCAAAGAACAGUUUCUCAAGGUUAAGCCAAGUCCUCAUUGCAAGCUGCCAAAAUAAUAGCUUAGGAAAAGAAUUAGUUUGCCUGCAUGAUGAUCCUCUUAGGCAAAAACGUCUUAACAGCAGUUGACCUUGAUGAAAUGUUUUCCCAAAAGAAGAGGGAUGAAUCCCAGAACAAGGUGGAGGAAAUGAAUAUUUCUUAUGAAGUUGACCUGAAUGGUGGACUUUCUUGUUCGGCACUGACGAUUUGGAAAGAAAGGAGCAAAUUCUGAAGAAAUGAUAGUCUCAGAUAAAGUGAGGUUCCUUAUUACCUAUUCUUGACUGAAAUCUUCUUGCUAGUCAAGAUUCAAUCACUUUGGAACAAACAACUGGCCAGUAUGACAGACCCGAAAACUUACUGAUGGAGAAUGUCUGAGUGUAAAUGGUAAAACUCUCUCUGGGCUUCAUUCUUCUCCAUUGUGACUGGGUGUGGUGUCGUGCAGGCUGCCUACAAAGCCAGACAUUUAACUCCUAUUCAUGAUGCUUUGCGUGUCCAGCUGGCCUCUGCCUGCGUUGCCCUUUGACCAUUGUGACCACAGGCAAUUCAUCUCCUGGCGUCAGGAUCUGAACGUCUGUUGUUUAUCCGCAGAGAACUGCGGUGGUUACAACUCAGUAAGCAAUAAAUGAAGCAACUUAGAAAUGCACAAUGUUGUUAUUAAGGUGUUUGAAAUGUGACUCCAUUCCCUUGGGGAGGACCCACUCAGAAGAGACCAGGGAUGCCUGUCUCCUGUGCCUGCAGAGGGAAGGAGUCACCAGCCACAGGCUGUCCUCGGGAGGGGGGGUGUUGGAUGGGAAGCAACCUGUUUUGCUGUUUUGGAAAGCACACUAGAGAGCUACAGACCUCCAAUGAUGACUUUUGUCUGAAUGUGUAAAAUAAGGCUUUAUUUGUCAAUUCUGCUGUAUAAUAAGCACUGUCCAAGUAAAAGAAAAGAAAAAAAAAGCCUUUGUUUCUACUUGUGUUUAGUGAGUCAAGUCAUGUUCUCAAAUAUCUCUUAAACAACCUGACACAGACAAGUCUAUGAGUAGAGAUGCCAUUUCCUUUACAGAAA